CUGGCCGCUCUCCCCGGGCGGCACAACGCCAUGUUCCACAACGCGGACACCCUCAAACGCUUUGUGUCGGAGCGAGCGAAGCGGCACCAGGACUCGCUGGAUCCCAGCUGUCCCAACAGCUACAUCGACUGCUUCCUGCUCCAGAUGGACCAGGAAAAGCAGAACCCCGACACCGAGUUCACCACCGAGAACUUGGUCAUGACGACGCUGGAGUUGUUCUUCGCUGGGACGGAGACGGUCAGCACCACCCUGAGAUACGGGAUCCUGCUUCUCAUGAAGUACCCCGAGAUAAAAGAGAAAGUUCACGAGGAGAUUGACCGGGUGAUCGGGCGGUCCCGCUUGCCGGCCAUCGAGGACCGGAGCCGCAUGCCCUACACCGACGCCGUGAUCCACGAGGUGCACAGAUUCGCGGAUGUCCUCCCCAUGAGUCUCCCGCACGUGACGACCCAGGACGUCCAGUUCAGAGGAUACGCGAUCCCCAAGGGCACCACCGUCAUCCCCUUGCUGACCUCAGUCCUCCAGGAUACAAGCCAGUUCAGGAACCCGGACGACUUUGACCCUGGGCAUUUCCUCGAUGGGAACGGGCACUUCCAGAAGAACAGCGCCUUCAUGCCGUUCUCUGCAGGCAAGCGGGUGUGCCUGGGCGAGAGCCUGGCUCGCAUGGAGGUCUUCCUCUUCCUCACCACCAUCCUGCAGCGCUUCACCCUGCAGCCGCUCGGCGACCCGGGCGCCCUCGACGCCAGCCCCGUGGAGAGCGGGGUGGGGAACAUCCCCCACCCCUACGAACUCCGGCUGCUCCCGCGCUAGAGUGCACCCACCUCAAACUCCCCCCCCCAAACCCCCUCCCGUAAAGCUGAGGACCAUGGGUAGCGCGGGCACCCCUAGCUCAGGGAGGCUAGCCCCCUGCCCCCCCAUUCCACCUCAGGCCCCGCCCCUUCCACCCGAAGCCCCACCCCUUCCACCUGAGGCCCCACCCCCUCUUCCUAAGGCCCCACCUCCCACCGCCACUUCUGCCUCCCCACUCUCGCUGGCCGGCCUGCCAGUGCAGCCCCAAACCCCAGCCAGCCCGUCAGUGCCAGAGCAGUCCAGAGGAAUCUCAAGUCCUGGGCAGCCGGCCGGGGGCGAGCCCUGAGCCCGGGCCACCCAGAGGGGCUCUGAGCCCUGAGCCCUGCCGAGGAGCCCCGGGAAGAAACACAGGGUAGCAAACUGCUGACUUGUGAAGAAAAGGACGAGGACGCUGAAUUGGAUUUUUGCAGCGUAAGCGAGACGAAGGGGCGGCGUGGUGAGAUUUCUCUUGGCCCGUGUCGCUAAGCGGCGAUUUCGCCGCCCACACAAACCGAUGAAAAAACACGCGCAUCCGAAUUCCCAGCCAGGCAAAGUCAGCAAAAGGCUGCGUGAGAACUUUUUGCAGGGCUCUCGUUAUAAAGCCAUAGAGCUUUGAAUUGCAUCAGCUACUGGCAUUAAGUAAUCAUUGUCUGCCCCCCCCCACUGUGUGACCCCCCCCCCCCACUUAUUUCCCACAACUGUGAACAUUUAAAUUGAUACAACUCGGGGGAACGCGUCAAACAAAGCAUUUUGAGCAGCUGUGAACAUUUACAUUUAAAAAAAUGCUUAAAAAUAAACACCGAUAUAAUCCAU